AUGGCACCAUUCACUGUCUUUACCGCGCUCGCAGGCAUCCUGGCUCUCUCUACUUCUGUCUCUGCGCAAACUGGCACUGGCACCGGCACCGGUCUCCCCAUCGCCUCUGCCACCCUAGGUGCCCCAUACCCGCUUUCCAACGCCACUCUUCCCGCCGGCCCAGCUGGCACCGGCAUAGGCCUCCCGACUGGCCUUGGCUCGCCCUCUGCCCUCCCUUUUAGUCUUCCCGGGACCAGCCCAAGUGGCCUUCCGGGCAGCCCAAUCGAGUCGGGAGCCAGCUGUCCUGUCCCAAUUACCGUGACUACAACAAACCAAGUCACCGUCACAGUGACCGUAAUCCCUUCUAGCGCAGCUGCGCCGACGACUCCAGCUUCCGUGCCGUAUCCUAUCCCUGGCAGCAGUGGUUUGCUGGUGGGAACUGGGAUUGUGACUCGAUAUGGCACCGGGACCGGCACCGGGACCGGCACGGGAUAUGCGAUGGCGACAGGAUACUCAAAGAGGAUGGAGAUGAGAGGGUUAAAGCAGGAGAGGAGGGAGUGGAAGCGGGGAGCUAGUGAUAUUGAAGCGAGGCAGCGAAUGAAAAACGUGACGAUGAAGCGUGAUCAGAUGUUCCAACGACAAUCUUCCAUCUUUCACAACCUUCCUGCCGGACCGCUACCUCAUACAACUAUUCUAAUCUCAUCUGUCAGCUCCCAUGACGAAACGAAUGACUUGACACCGUCUUCUACAGGAGGCAUCAAGUUUUUACCGAACCAAGGCGUUUCGUGGUAG